AUGAUGAACAUCAAAAACAUGAACAACAACAACAACCAAAAUCAACAUCAGUCAGCGUUGGUGGUAACUCAAAUUCCACGAAAGAAGCAAUUUUAUAAAACGAAGAUGUGCCCAUGGUUUUUUUCUGGUAGGUGUGAUAGGGGUGUAGAUUGUUUAUUUGCACAUUCUCAAGAAGAAUUAAAUCCAAUUCCUGAUUUAUCAUUUACUAGUUUAUGUCCAUUAGCAAAAAAAGCAGGAAUCUGUAAAAAUGAAAAAUGUAGUUAUGCACAUUCUGUUUGUGAGUUAAGGCCGACAGGUGAUUUAUAUAAGACAGCCCCAUGCACUAAAUUUCUAAGAGGAAAAUGUAACGCUGAAUCACAUUGUAGACAUGCCCAUUACAUUGAAGAACUUCGACCGUUACCUGGAAAUCUAUCACCAUCUCAAAAUGCCAUCAACCUUAUGCUCGCGGCUCCUUUUGCUAAUUCCUCUCAAAAGAACAACAAAAAUAAAAGCGGCAGCAACGUAAAUAGUACGAACAACAAUCUGGGCAGUAACAACAACAACUUGGGAAGUAACAACAACAACUUGGGCAGUAGCAGCAACAACUUGGGCAGUAACAACAACAACUUGGGCAGUAGCAGCAACAACUUGGGCAGUAACAACAACAACUUGGACAAUAGCAGCAACAACUUGGGCAGUAACAACAACAACUUGGGCAAUAACAGCAACAACUUGGGCAGUAACAACAACAACUUGGGCAAUAGCAGCAAUAACUUGGGCAGUAACAAUCGCAGCAAUAGCAAUCACAACAUCUGUAACAGUAAUAGUAGUAGUAGCAACAAUAAUAUGAAUAGUAGCCAUCAUAAAUGUAUCAAUCAUAACCAUAACGCUUCAAAACACAACAAAAACAAUCAUACAAGUGGUAGUAGCAGUAAUUACCUGACAGAGGAGAAUAAGAAUAACGAAAUUUUAUUGCAGACUUCAAAUUCGCUACUUUGCAAUUUUUCUACUCGGAACGGAGUGAGUAAUAACAAGUUCAACAAGAAUUUAGAAAAGAAGGGUACAUCUGAUAAUAACAUCGGAUCAAUCUUAAAUGGAAACGCAAACUGCAACAUAAGCAACGGGAUGAUGAAUUGCAAUCUGAGCAGCAAUAUGAACGGCAAUAUGAACGGCAAUAUGAACGGAAACAUAGGGAACAAUAUGAACGGAAAUAUCAAUCGAGGCAUGAAUCGCAACACGAACGUGAACAACAGUAACAUAGGAAAUUCGAUGAACAGUUGCAUGAACAAUUGUGUGAAGAAUUACAUUUCUUCAGGAAUGAGUAGAGGAAUGGGCAGCGGAAUGGGCAGCGGAAUGGGCAGUGGAAUGGGCAGCGGAAUGAGCAAUUGUAUGAGCAGUUGUAUGAACACAUGUAUGAAGAAUUUUAUGAAGAACGGAAUUAACAUAAACAAAAGUUACCAAAAAAGCUCAUCGUAUCCAAAUAAUAAGCUGUACAAUAUGGUGAAGAAUAAGGAGAAUAAUGAAGAAUAUAAUAGAGGAAUGAACACCAUGAAUAUAAAAAAUUAUAUGAUCAGUAAUAACAAAACGGAUAGUGCAAAUGAUAUUAUUAAUACAAUUAAUUUAAGGAAAUUGCAAAAUAUAUGUAGUACCUCUAAGGAAACGAACGGAAUCCUGAAAUCUCUGAAUGAAUUAUUAAAUCAUGAUAUGAACAUGAACCGAUCCAUAAAUGGCAACAUGAACGGAGGGAACAGUUUAGUAAAUAAUGUUGGAAGCAACGUGAGUAGCGAUAUUGUGAACAAUAUAUCAUGCAUGUCUGGCAUUUCGAACGGUAAGACGAACAUGACCAAUAUGAGCAAUAUGAGUAAUAUGAGUAAUAUGACAAACAUGAGUAACAUGACUAACAUGAGUAAUAUGAGUAGUAUGACAGACAAAACGAAUAGCAUAAACAAUAAUCAAUACUUUAAUUUAAGCAAGGUCAAAAAGAACGAUGCAAUGAUUAAGUAUAAUACCGCUUUUCCAAACGAAGAUACAUCAACAUCAAUGAGAAUGUCGAGAAAUUCAUCAAAAGAGUAUGAACCAAGUAACGAAGAAAAAAAACUAGCGGACACAAUUGAACACAUGGAAAUUACUGCUCAAGAUAGUGCAUUAAAAGUUAUUGAAGAUGACAAUGAUAAAUUGAAUAUUUCUGAUAUUAAAAGCUUUUUAAAAUUGUUACAAAUGACAAAUGCAAAUAAUUAUAAAGACGAAAACUUUUUAUUAAAUAGCGAAUUUAAGAAGAAUAAUCAUAUUAUGCAUGAACAACAACAAUUGCAGCAGCAAUAUAAAUCUGUGCCAAUAAUGAAGAAUACUAAUAAUCACACAAAACAACAUCUCAAAGGUAAUGAAGUGAUGUCACCAGGAAUUCAUCAUUUAUGUGAACAUUUUUCACAUAAUACAAAUAUGCCAAACGCACAAAAUGAUGAAAACAAUAUGAAUAAUAAGUAUGGUGUAAAUGGGGACCUGAAAAAUAUUUAUAAACUGAAUAACAAUGCAUUAAUUAGCUGUUCUAAUUUUUGGAAUUAUCCUGAAGAUGAAUUAAAUACAACAGCUGCAAAAAUUGUGCAAAAUGUGGAAAUUUUGGAUUAUUAA